AUGCUGGCACCCCGGACCACGGAGACCGCGGUGCCCAUGUCCCAGACCGAGGCCGACCUGGCCCUGCGGUCCCUGCCGCCUCUCGCCACCGCGGGGCCGCCCCGCCUCGGGCCCCCUCCUCGCCGAACGCGCCGCUUCUCCGGGAAGGCUGAGCCCCGGCCGCGCUCUUCUCGUGUCAGCCGCCGCAGCUCCGUCGACUUGGGGCUGCUGAGCUCUUGGUCCCAGCCAGCCCCGCCCGCUCCGGAUCCCCCCGAUCCUCCGGACUCCGCUGGUCCUGGGCCGGCGAGGAGCCCAACACCCAGCUCUCUAGAGCUCCCCGAGGGCACGUGGGCCGGGGAAACCCUUGUGAAGGCUGCAGACUCCGCUCGUCCCGAGCUCACGGGAUCCGCAGGAGGCUCAGGGUCCGGGGAGAAGCCGAGGGUCCUCGAUGCCGCGGCCCGCGAGCGGCAGCGAGAACAAGAGGAAAGAGAGGACACAGAGACCCAGGCUGUGGCAACGUCCCCGGACGGCCGAUACCUCAAGUUUGACAUCGAGAUCGGACGUGGCUCCUUCAAGACGGUGUAUCGUGGGCUAGACACCGACACCACGGUGGAGGUGGCCUGGUGUGAGCUGCAGACUCGGAAACUGUCCCGGGCUGAGCGGCAGCGCUUCUCGGAGGAGGUGGAGAUGCUCAAGGGGCUGCAGCACCCUAACAUCGUCCGCUUCUACGACUCGUGGAAGUCUGUGCUGAGGGGCCAGGUCUGCAUCGUGCUGGUCACCGAACUCAUGACCUCGGGCACGCUCAAGACGUACCUGAGGCGGUUCCGCGAGAUGAAGCCGCGAGUCCUCCAGCGCUGGAGCCGGCAGAUCCUGCGGGGGCUUCAUUUCCUACACUCCCGGGUGCCCCCCAUCCUGCACCGGGAUCUCAAGUGCGACAACGUCUUUAUCACCGGCCCGACGGGCUCCGUUAAGAUCGGGGACCUGGGUCUGGCCACGCUCAAGCGCGCCUCCUUUGCGAAGAGCGUCAUCGGGACCCCAGAAUUCAUGGCCCCGGAGAUGUACGAGGAGAAGUACGAUGAGGCCGUGGACGUGUACGCAUUCGGCAUGUGCAUGCUGGAGAUGGCCACCUCCGAGUACCCGUACUCCGAGUGCCAGAACGCCGCGCAGAUCUACCGCAAGGUCACUUCGGGCACGAAGCCGAACAGCUUCUACAAGGUCAAGAUGCCCGAGGUGAAGGAGAUCAUCGAAGGCUGCAUCCGCACGGACAAGAACGAGAGGUUCACCAUCCAGGACCUCCUGGCCCACGCCUUCUUCCGCGAGGAGCGCGGCGUGCACGUGGAGCUGGCGGAGGAGGACGACGGCGAGAAGCCGGGCCUCAAGCUCUGGCUGCGCAUGGAAGACGUGCGGCGUGGGGGGCGCCCGCGGGACAACCAGGCCAUCGAGUUCCUGUUCCAGCUGGGCCGGGAUGCGGCCGAGGAGGUGGCCCAGGAGAUGGUGGCGCUGGGCUUGGUCUGUGAGGCUGAUUACCAACCAGUGGCCCGGGCCGUGCGUGAACGGGUGGCCGCCAUCCAGCGAAAGCGUGAGAAGCUGCGCAAAGCUCGAGAGUUGCAGGCCCUCCCGCCCGAGCCCGGGCCUCCGCCAGCAGCGGUUCCCGUGGCUCCUGGGGCUCCCAGCGCCUUCCCCCCUGAGCCCGAGGAGCCAGAGGCAGACCAGCACCAGCCCUUCCUCUUCCGCCACGCCAGCUACUCAUCCACCACUUCGGAUUGCGAGACUGAUGGCUACCUCAGCUCCUCUGGCUUCCUGGAUGCCUCAGAUCCUGCCCUGCAGCCCCCUGGGGGGGUGCCCUCCAGCCCUGCUGAGACCCGGCUCUGCCUGCCCUCGGCGUUCGCUGUGUCCAUCCCAUGUUCUGGCCCUGGCAGUGACUUUUCACCUGGGGACAGCUACGCAUCAGAUGCAGCAUCAGGCCUGAGUGAUGUGGGAGAAGAGACAGGACGGAUGAGAAGGCCUCCAGGGAGGAACCUCCGGCGCAGACCCCGAUCCCGGCUGCGCGUCACCAGCGUCUCCGACCAGAAUGACAGAGUGGUCGAGUGCCAGCUGCAGACCCACAACAGCAAGAUGGUGACCUUCCGGUUUGAUCUGGAUGGGGACAGCCCGGAAGAGAUCGCAGCUGCCAUGGUGUAUAACGAGUUCAUUCUGCCCUCGGAGCGAGAUGGAUUCCUGAGCCGGAUUCGGGAGAUUAUCCAGCGAGUGGAGACCUUGCUGAAGAGAGACACCGGCCCUGUGGAGGCUGCUGACGAUGCCCUGGGCCCCCAGGACGAGCCAGCACCACUGCCUGCCCUCCCGGGCCCCCUCCCAGACCCUAGCAGUGAGCCCCCGAGUGGUGCCUCCCCGGAGCAGAGCUGGGCAGCCUUCUCCACCUCCCCAGCCCCUGGCACCCCCUUGUCUCCUGGCACCCCCAUUUUCCCAGGUCCCAUCUUCCCCAUCACUUCUGGCCUCUCCCUGUUCUCCCCCAUCGCCCCUCAGGUCUCCCCGAGCCCUGCUCCACAACCCCCCGGCUCACCACUCCUGUUUUCCUCCAGUGCGCCCCUGUUUCCCGCCCCAUCCUCCCCACUUCCCCAGAGCUCCCUCCCACCUGGUGCUCCACUCCCAUUCUCUCCCGGUGCCUCCCAAGUCACUUCCAAUCCCGAUUCCUUCCCUCCCAGCCCCUCCCCGCCUCCCUUGGCCCCCCCUACCACCGCCCCCCUCCUCUCUCUGGCAAGUGCCUUCUCCCUGGCUGUGAUGACUGUGGCCCAGUCUUUGUUGUCCCCCUCACCCGGCCUACUGUCCCAGUCUCCCUCAGCCCUGCCGUGUCCCUUACCUAGUCUGCCCUCUGCCCCUCCUUCUCUCCCCCCUGCUCCUCGUGGCCAGGAGGGCCCUGCGGAGGCAGAGGCAGAGAGUGAGGCCUGCCCAAAUCCUGCUCGGCCACUCCUGGGUGAAGCGAGACUGGCACCCAUCUCGGAAGAGGCAAAACCCCAGCUUGUCGGGCGCUUCCAAGUGACUUCCUCCAAAGAACCAGCUGAGCCGCAACCCACAGCCCCAGCUCUCUCCAGUCCUCUGCAGCUUCCGACCCCCCAGCUGACCUCAGAGAGCUCCGACACGGAGGACAGCGCUGCAGGCGGGCCAGAGACCAGGGAGGCGCUGGCAGAGAGUGACCGCGCCACCGAGGGCCUGGGGGCUGGAGCUGAGGAGGAAGGGGACCUUGGGAAGGAACCCCGAGCUGGUGGUAGCCCCCCAGCCCUGAGCUACACCAGCCCGGUGUGGAUGAACUGCUCCUACAGCAGCCUGUGUCUGAGCAGCGAGGAGUCGGAGAGCAGCGGGGAGGACGAGGAGUUCUGGGCCGAGCUGCAGAAUCUCCGGCAGAAGCACUUGGCCGAGGUGGAGGCACUACAGACGGUACAGAAAAAGGAGAUUGAGGACUUGUACAGCCGCCUCGGGAAGCAGCCCCCGCCGGGCAUCGUGGCUCCGGCCGCCAUGCUGUCCAGCCGCCAGCGCCGCCUGUCCAAGGGCAGCUUCCCCACCUCCCGCCGCAACAGCCUGCAGCGCUCCGAGCCCCUGGGCCCUGGUGAGACGGCGGCCGCCCAGCUUCCACCUUUCUCCUGAGACUCCUUCCCUGCCGGCUGGCUCUUCGUUCAGGCCCUGGGGGUCUGCCCCUAGUUGGGGGGACUAGCCCCCUCCCUCAUGCAGUGCUCUCCUUCCCCUGCCCUGCCCUCAGGCAUCUUGCGGAAGAACUCUCUAAGUGGCAGCAGCACCGGCUCCCAGGAGCAGCGGGCAAGCAAGGGGGUGACAUUCGCCGGGGCUGUGGAUGUUGGCAGUGGCAGGAUGGUGAGGGCAGGCCCGAGGGAGGGAGAGCCGAGGGCACAGUGCCUGGCUGCGGCGUCGCCCCCUCCCAGCCUGGAGGUCUUCUCAGCGCCCUCUCUUUUCCCUCCAGUGAAUUCAGUGCAGAAGCCAGGUGUCCCCCCACGCCAGGGCCCACCAUGGGGCUUGUGCUCUCAGAAUCUGAUGCUUUUCUGAUCAACACAACUCAGCAAGGAAGACCCCAGCGCUGAGGGGGUGGAAGGCCAGGGGGGCAUGGAGGAGGCAGCUCCAUUACAGUGAAGAGCCAAACGUGGGGAGACCGCUGGCUGUGUAUGGGGUGCCACUGCUGCAGCCCACCACCCCUUCCCAGCCAAGGGUCAACCACUAAGCAAGCCCACCCCAGCCCAGACGCUUGUAGAGGGCCCCCUCCCAGGCGUGCGCACACCACAAUCAGCAGCAGCCAAUAAAAGCUCUGGA